UGUCCUGCCACUGGCAGUCCCGACGGGCAGGGGCUGGGGACCGAUCCCGAGCCACAGGUUGGAAAAUAAGGAGCUGUCCCCCUGAGUGUCGCCCUGUAGAGCAGAUCACGUGUGGUCGCUGGCGUGGGAGCCCCGGAGUUCAAGGGCUUGGGAGAGGGGAAGGAGACCUCUGAAACCUGACACCCAGCCCUCUCGCAGAGGAAACUUCGCAGGCUGGCUCACCAAGACUAUCACUAUGACCGAUGGGGACUAUGAUUAUCUGAUCAAACUCCUGGCCCUUGGAGAUUCAGGGGUGGGGAAGACGACAUUUCUUUAUCGAUACACAGACAAUAAAUUCAAUCCCAAGUUUAUCACGACAGUAGGAAUAGACUUUCGGGAAAAACGUGUGGUUUAUAAUACCCAGGGACCAAAUGGAUCAUCAGGGAAAGCCUUUAAAGUGCACCUUCAGCUUUGGGACACUGCCGGCCAAGAGCGAUUCCGGAGCCUCACCACUGCAUUUUUCAGAGAUGCCAUGGGUUUCUUAUUAAUGUUUGACCUCACCAGUCAACAGAGCUUCUUAAAUGUCAGAAACUGGAUGAGCCAACUGCAAGCAAAUGCUUAUUGUGAAAAUCCAGAUAUAGUAUUAAUUGGCAACAAGGCAGACCUGCCAGACCAGAGGGAAGUCAAUGAAAGGCAAGCCCGGGACCUGGCUGACAAAUACGGCAUACCAUAUUUUGAAACGAGUGCCGCGACUGGCCAGAAUGUGGAGAAAGCUGUGGAAACCCUCCUGGACUUAAUCAUGAAGCGAAUGGAACAGUGUGUAGAGAAGACACAGGUCCCCGACACUGUCAAUGGUGGAGACUCUGGAAAGCUAGAUGGGGAAAAACCAGCAGAGAAGAAAUGCGGUUGCUAGACCCUACGUAGGAACUGAUCAUCAAAAACCCCACCCAAAUAUUACUUCCAAAAAACAGCGACAAACCACAAAAUUCUUGUGAGUAGACCAUGCAUAAUGGCAUGUUUUUCUUUUUCUUCCAGAAAAAUCUAUUUUGAGAGACCAGAAUAUCAACAGUGUUCAAAAGAAUUGACCAGUUGUCUCUGAGGCGCCCUCCAAACAAGAUCAGAGAUUUCCUAAUGUGAUCUCAUGGUCAUGGAUGCUCAAUUUGUUGUUGUUGUUGUUGUUGUUGUUGUUUUUUAUGAAGAACAUGAGUAUAUAAGAAAGUAUUCAAGAUGAUAUCAGUGAGUUUUAAAUCAGAACAAAAAUGACCAUGUCACAUGGGGAAAAGGGAUAGGCCACUAAAGGGAGAAUAUAGAAAGACAAUUUUUUUUUUAAAGAUUGGAUUUACUUCUUAUAUAGAGUUUGAUUUGUACUUUUAGUUUUGCAUUGGGAGAACAUAUUAGCUAAAAUUGAGGAUACAAUAAAGAAUUCUAAAUGGAUCAUUAGUAAUGACAUUACUAUGUACACCCAAUAAGCUGUCCUAGGGUGACUCAAGUACUGGUAAGAUUAUGAGAUUGUGAGUCAGACUUCUGUUAAAAUGGGGGAGAUUGUAUAUUAAUGUCAUUUUUAUAUUCUUAAUAAAUGGCAGAUAGACAAGAACCGGACUGUAAACAACAAAGUACAAGAGAAAUGCCCUAGGAGAAAAAUGAAAGUAUGAAAAUAUGGCAUUUGGACAAAUGAAAUUAAAUGUGUCUGUUACAGAUGUCUGGAAGAAUCAUUUAGUCAAAUUUCACUUGAACCAGUUAGAAGUUGACAUUAUCAGUUGGGAUUAAGAGAGUCUCCAGAGGUUUCCCUUUCCAAACAAAAUUUUGGAAAUCAGUUCAGUGUUCAGUUUCACAUUUCAUUUUCUUAGUAAAUGGUCACAAGGAGAAAUUAAAGAUUGUCAUUUAUUAACUAUGUCUUUAAAAAUGCAGUCAAGAAAAACUGUUUAGCUUAAUUGUUUUUAGAUAAAAUAUGUCAGUGAUAUGAAAACAAAAAGUUAUGAAUAAUUGUGGGUUUCUUUUUAAUUUACAAAAACACUGGAAACUAAAUGACACUUCUACCCUCCAUACCCACCCCUGACUUUGAAUCAAUUGCAGAAAUACAGGUGUGUCACUUUGUAGAUCAACUUCAGGAUGAUGGAUUGAUUUUAUGGUCACUCUUGAGUUUUCAUGUCAUUCAUCACAUAAAAUUUGAUGAUACCUCAUGCCAUAUUACAGCGUAUUUCACAUUUGUUUUCAUUUGCCUAAGGCAGAAUACCCACAUUUGAACUAUAUUUGGGGAUAGGGCAGGAGUGGAGCUGUGUCUUUUCUCUCUAAAAUUUUGGUUAAUCACUUUAUUUUUUCAUAUAAAACUGCCUUUUCUUUUUAAAAAUCAUUACAAAAGGAUUUUCCAUUCGCUUAUUCUUAUUAUUUUGUCUAAAGUGAUGUUACAUUUUUUAUCUUAGUUUUUGAUAAGCAUAAGCAACUCCUAUUAAACUAUUAUUUAAAUAUUUCAGUUUUAUCAUUAACAAAGGCAUCAUGCUUCAAGUUUUCUCUUUUUAUCAUGAUAAGAUGGUUCUUCCUAUAAAAUUUUGCCAAUUAAACUUCAUUCUUCCAUACUCUAGGCAUAUUUUUAAAUUACGAACAUUAGAAACCCUAAAUCUCAGCCCCCCUAUCCAUCCCCCCAAACCUCUCUCUACAGUCUACGUCUGGUAUAGAAUCCAUAUUAGGAACACAGAUCCAAGGGAUUGUCUAAAAUGUUCUUGCAAAAUUCUCAGUGUGAACUGCUUGGAUCCUCUGACUUCGGAAGCAUAAUGCCAGCCUCUAGGAUCCAUCAUGCUUGGGUAUUCCCUCCACUGCUGUUUUUCUCUACGAUGUGCUUCAUGACUUCAGUGCCUGAGCCAUGAAGAUAGAAAUCUAUUAGCUAACACCUAAGAUGUUUUGACUGAAAGAAAAGUGAGCAGAAACAAUAUAAUCAUUGCUGUGGCAAAAUUUGGUAAACUUCUAUGGUUAUUUUACCAACUCUCCUUUGGAUUCAAAUUGUGAUGUCUCUGGCAUUCCCAUGCUACAGAAUGUUUAGCCUUUAUGAAAUCCUAAAGGUAUUCUGUUUUGGAUUUGGGUUUUUUUGUUUCUACUCUUUUUCCAGUUAUAUGAUUGACUGACUUUUGCCAAGAUUUUGUCAUUGCUAGUUAUUCAACGAGCAUUUAUUUCAGGGUCUAUUUUAAGAUCAUUAUUUGAUAGCUGUAGCAUGAAGCAGAGGCUGAUGCCUAUAAUUAUAGAACUCUGCCUAUAAAAAUAACAAUUAUUGGGCAACAAUCUCAAGAGGAAUGAAAUUUAAAGAAGACAAGAAAACUAAUUUAAAACAGUAUUCUACUUAUAAAUAAAUACUUGAUCUAAGAAAAUAUUUUCUCUGUCAAGUUUGACAUCUGAUCCCAAAUUCUAUGUCACCGUUCCUGGAAAUUCCUUCACUUAUUAUUUCAGAAUUAAUUAUUAUAUAAUUCAUUUUACAGUCUCAAAUUGAUUUGGGAACAUGAAGUAUACAGACUGCUUUAAAGAAUUGCAUACCUCCUUUAACCCAAAACAGCAUGUAUUUUAGCCAAGAUGUAUCCUGUUACUUGUUACCUCCCAAAUGUUUUGGUAAACCAUAUUGUAUUUGGGGGAAAUAUUUAAAAUGUGCAUGAAAUUCCUUUCCGAUAUAGAAAUCAUUUCUGGAGUGCUUACACUAGUUUGAUGUUUACAUUGCUCUAACAGUGCCUCAAAUACUUCUAUGACCAAAUUUGUCUCUAACCACAUAGCUCAUUUCCUAUUAUAUCAUCUUUGAGGAAGCCCUCGCCGAGACACUAAUGCAGCUAAAGGCAUUCUGAUAUCUUCAGCAAGGGGACAGGAUGUUAUUAGGUGAUUACCACCGUCUCCUGGUUUCCUAAGCAUCUCUCUCUCUCUUUUUUUUUAAAGAUUCUAUUUAUUUAAUUGACAGAGCGAGAGACACACACACAGCGAGAGCAGGAACAUAAGCAGUGGGAGCGGGGGAGGGGGAAGCAGGCCUCCCGCCGAGUAGGGAGCCCGAUGUGGGGCUCGAUCCCAGGACCCCAGGAUCAUGACCUGAGCUGAAGGCGGUCGCUUAACCGACUGAGCCACCCAGGCGCCCCAAGCUUCUCACAGAGUGGGAGUGGGCAUUGCUUGAGAUUCAACUGUGAGUAGGUACAAGGUUACCUUUUGAUACAAAAGAAGAAAAGCCCUUUGAAAAAUGUAUCAAAAAAUAGCUGAGAAAACAUGUUUGUCUUGGUAUGAGGAGGGUCGCAAGUCAUGAAUUGGCAGAGAAAAUGCAAAAUGCUAAGAAUUGAGCUUGUGGGUCUCAACACAAGUUUUAGAAUUCUUGCAAGUUACCACUUGAGUUGAUUUGCUAUCAUUUCCAUAGUAUCAGGUAUACAUUGCAAAAAAUUCAAAACCAGCAUUUUCUAAAGUAAAUAUUUCAUCUGUUGUUUUUCACCAGAUGGUCCAUUCUAUGUAUCAGUGGGUGUCUUUGUUAUGCUUCUAGCAUACGUUAUUCUCUGCCAACCUGUACAGGUAAAAUCAGCUGGGCAAGAGUUUUAAUCAGACCUUUCUUAUCUCCUUUGUAAGAAAGAGAAGCUUGACCAUAGAGAAGUACGUGGCUAUAUCAAACAAUAGAUUAACAACAGCCAAAAUAUGCUAUAAACUAUAAAUUGAAUCGACUGGAAAUCAACAAAUCUAAUGAAGCUCAUAUAUACACUCAUCAGCUAGAAAGAGAAGCAAUAUGUGUAAUAGUGAAUAACUAGGUAUAGUGGAAACCUGGAACCGGUGUCCAUGACACAAAAUUAUUCACUGUUCUGUAUCUCUGUUCACUUUAAGAAAGGGUACAUAUGCUUUCCUCAGUGUGUACCAUACUAAAACACUGAGGGAAAAUUCUCAUCCAUAAAGAAUCUUGGAGUUAUAAUCUCAAACUUAAACUGUAAAGAGAUAAUACUGAAGUUUUUGGUUUCCUAAGAUGCUUAACUCUUUGAAAGAGAGAUCUGAGAGCUGAUGUUAGCCAAAGGGAUGGAAAAGUUUUUCACCCUGUACCACCAAGCUCUAAAGCAUCAAAAAAAGGCUAGUGUAUAUGAAUAUUUUAUCUUUAAAGAUGCCAAGAUGCUGUCUAUAUUUGCAAAAGCUGUAUGAAAAUUCACCAAGAACUGUAUUUUCUUCUUGCUCUUUGACCAAUAUUAAUAUAAACUUAUUUCUGGGGAGAGUGCUGAGAUCUUAAACAUGGCAAGUAGAAAUAGAGUAUUCUCUGAGAUGACUAUUGUUUCAAUGCUUUAUAAACCCAUGAAGAUAUUUGUCUCAUAAAGUAGGACUGAUAAAAAUCAUUGUUAGAAAUCUAGGGAAUUUUAGGAAUUUAUUGCCUUAGAAUUCUUGGGUGGAGACCCAAUCAUGAUGACAUUAUUAAGGAAGAACUAUAAAGAGAGGCUAGAGUUCAACGUAGUCUGAAUAGUGUUCUUAAGUAUUGCAGAACACAGAGAAGACCAUGUAUUUUGAGGUUGAUUUUUAAGUAGAAAACGAAAAAGAAUUAGUAACAAGAAGAGUUUUUGUAACUAGAUCCAAGGCUAAUUUUUAUCCAUCAAGUGGAAGUUUAUACCCUUAGAACUAAGCUAAUAAAAACAUUUAAACACCAAAUAUUUCAUUAGUGUCAGCAAAAUGUGGAAGACUUUGAAACAUUUUGUUUGCUCUAUCUGAAUUUAAUUUUCUCAUAAAUUGCACUUUGACUAAUUUUUCAAGGAGUAGAAUCACAAAGAUGCUUCUCAGCAGAUCUCUUUUUACCAACAGUGUGUGGUUGAGAUAUUUUCUAGCUUCCUAUAUACAGAGAACAAAAAACAAGCAAAAACAUUAGCAACAAAAUGGUGGGGUUAUUUAAAAGGGUGUCAGCUUUUGAAGAAAAAAAUAUACAAAGGAAUCAUCUUUGGAUUGAGUCAUUUGAAUUUGUUUCCCAGUUCCUUUUCUUUCCAACAGGUCAUGGAAAUCAUGGCUAAUAUCCCUCAGCUGAUUUAGUCUUUAAGCAUCAUUAGCAAAUUUUGUAGAAGCAAGCAUGUCUGUCUGUCUUUAACCUAAUGGAUUCCUUAUUUAAUCAAUGGCUCUUGUCCAUAUGUCUGCUGGAACAUCAAAAUGGUGUCUGUCCUUAGUAAAGUAUUAACAUAUUCUUAUAGUUACUUUUUUAUUCUCCAGGUUAUUUUUCCAAAUGCUCUUUGAGAGGAAGCUUAGUAUUUAUAGGAAGGAAAGUGGCCAAAAAGAACAAUUUGGGGACCAUGAGUAUGUCAUUAAGUAUCUUGGUGGCUUCUUCUCAUUUGGAGUGUAUAAACCUUGUGUGCCCCAUGGGGUUCAUGUCAGGCUCAAAGGAGAAUCUAAGAAAUUGGUUUGUAAAUUAUGUUCCAUUUCAUAAACAGGCACUAUUAUCACAAGCUAAGAAUAAUAAAAAAUUACAGUAAUUUAAACCACUUAUAAGGAGAAAUGACAUAGCAGGGGCAAAACACUAAUUUUAAUAGUGGGUAUUGGAAGCAAUCAAUGGUUAGCAACUUGAGGUCAUUGUAUUUGAUUGAAAAUGUUUAAUAUAUCUGAAGUUACUGAAAAAUAUGAGUUCUAUUUCACUUUGUAUGUCAUCUGGUAUUUCUUCCAAGGAGUCCAAUUGCAUUCUAGAUAGUAUAUUACAACAUGGUCAAAUCCUCCUUGUACAAGUAGGGCUUUUGUGUCCAUCGCCUUGUAAAAGAUACUGACUGCAUCUGAAAUUACCUAAGAGAAAUAAGUUAUCUUGCUUAAUGUGUUAAAAAUAGACAAUGUUCUAACGUAACACUGAAGUGCUUCACUGUAUUCCAACAGUCUACCUUUAAGUGAUAUUAUUCUCAUUUUUAGGCUAAGCACUUUUGAUUGUUUUGUCUGUCAUCUCCACAGAUCUGUUUUGUCUAGUGCUAUGAAUGUAAAUUAAAACCUUAAACAUAGAGUUUUUAUUCUAUGUGCCCCUGAGUAGACUGUGGUGCCUGACAAACACUGCUGGAUCAUUAUUUUGUUGUACCAAAGUUCUAGUGGCUUCAGAAAUCAUAGCAUCCAAUGAUUUUGUGGUGUCUGGGUUGAAUACUAUGGUGGCGAACUGUAUUCAGUGAUUGUUUCUGCACAUUUUUCAAGAAUAAAAAUGCAUUUUUAUCAAUUAUUUUGUGUGCUCAAAGCAAACCUGUUUCUGUGCUGAAGUUGAAUGCUAAAUUGGUUUCAACAUGGAACUCGUUUCACAUUUAAAAUGGUGUCCCUUAGGAACUAGGAAAUAAGUGAUUUGGAUUAGGCAAGUGAUUUUUAUCCAUCUCUCUAAAAUUUUUCAUUUAUUAUUGGCUUAAAGACUGGAC